UUCAGUUACUUGCUAGCGGCUCAACUUCUCGUAUCAUUUUUUUCCCCAAAGUGUCAUCAUAUUUCUAUUGAGUUCAGCCCCACUAAAUUUGUUAAACCAUUCAAAUGGUGUUUGUACUUUUUAUAACAUUUGCUUUGCUUCUUGGUGUUCAUUUGAGCUGGAAAUGGAGUUUUUGGCAUAGACAUGGCAUACGUGGACCACGUGGUGUACCGAUUUUAGGCAAUAUGAGUGAGUUUUUUCUCGGCCAAAAACAUUAUGGUGAUGUCUAUCAAAAUAUUUACGAAGCACAUCCACACCUUCCCUAUGUGGGCAUUUAUCGUCUUUUUAAUGAGCCGGCGGUUUUGGUGCGCAGCCAAGAGAUGAUUAAAGAGAUUAUGAUACGCUCUUUUCAUCAUUUUCAAGAUAAUGUUUUAUGGGUUAGCAGGAAACGGGAUCCCAUUGUUAGCUUCAAUCCAUUUGUGGCUAAAGGUGAUCAAUGGAAAAAUAUGCGUGCCGAAAUUCUUCCUAUUUUUACUCCGAAUAAGGUCAGGGCGUCGUUCCCCCAUAUAAACUCUAUAUGCAGAAAGCUUGAGGCAUUUGUAUCUCAAAAAGUAAAAAAUUCAGAAAACUCUUUUGAAUGCAAAGAUCUAUUCUCCAAGUAUACACUUGAUGUGGUUGCUUCAGCAGGUUAUGGUCUUGAUGGCGCUUCUUUCACAAACACCAAGUCGGAUUUUACCCAACUUGUGGAACAUCUCUUUAUGCCGAAUAAUUGGAGCUUACUCGAAACCAUUGCAUUGCUUUUUUCCCCAUUGCUCGGAAAUAUCAUAAAAUAUUGGAAUUAUAGCUAUGCACCACCACAAGUGCAACACUGGCUUCGUGGCAUAAUUGAAAAAGUUUUAGAAAGCCGCCGUUCACCAGGGACUUUAAAGGAGUUGCCAUCAAAACCGAACGAUUUCUUGCAAUGGCUCAUUGACGGUAGACAGAAAUCGCAUGAACCGAUUGAUGUACCAACAAUGGUAGGCCAUUGUGGUACAUUUUUGCUGGAAGGAUUCGAGACAUCGUCUUCAUUAAUGGCUUUUGCACUAUACGAGUAUGCCAAACAUCCAUCGGUGCAAGAACGUCUUCAGAAUGAAAUUGAUGAUGUCUUAGCUCGUUACAGUGGCGAAAUUUCCUAUGAAGCUAUUCAGGAAAUGCCUUAUUUGGGAGCUACUUUAUACGAAACGCUACGUCUAUACCCACCCAUGAUGGCAUUACUGAAACAUUGUACCAAGGAAUUUGAGCUUCCGGCGCAGUCGCCAGGAGGAAAAUCAUUUAUUGUGCCCGAGGGUAUGGUAUUUGUUAUACCAGUCAAAGCUGUGCACUACGAUGGCGAAUUAUAUGAGAAUCCAUUACUAUUCCAACCAGAGCGGUUUUUGGACCAAAGUGAUAGUUCUCGUAACGGUUUAUUUUUAGGAUUUGGAGAGGGUCCACGUAUGUGUCCAGGCAUGCGUUUCGGUUUGGCUCAAAGUAAAGCUGGCAUAAUAACAUUAUUAUCGAAGUAUUCAGUUUCCAUUAGCGAGAAUUCCAAACCAUUCAAGAUUUCAACAACUACUUUCCUAACAGCUCCGCAGGAAGGAAUAUGGAUCUCGUUUAAAGAAAGAAAUACAAAAUAAUAUUACAGCUUGUCUAUAGAAAUAUAACACAAAAGUAAAUGCAUAACAGUGUGAAAAAUUAUCGUAAAUAAAGUAUUAAU